AUGGAAUUGUAAUAAUAAAAAAUAAAGAAGAUGGAGAAACAGCAGGCACCAUCAAAGAGCUGGAGCAUCUAUAGCCGCAGUGAGAUCACCUCAAAGUAUGAAAUAUCGGGGCGCGUGGGGUCCGGUGCAUACUCCGACGUGUACAAAGCCCGGCGACGCUCCGAUUCGGUGAUGGUGGCCCUGAAAGAAGUCCAUGAUUACCAAUCGGCAUUCAGAGAAAUUGAGGCACUUGAAACCCUAAAGAACAGCCCGAACAUCGUAGUCCUCCACGAGUACUUCUGGAGCGAGGAUGAAGGCGCCGUAUUGGUGCUCGAGUACUUACCCACCGAUUUGGCCGCCGUCGUAAAGUCCGCCGCCAACAAGGAUGGGAUCAUCAGUGUUGGUGAGGUUAAGCGAUGGAUUGACCAGAUUCUCCGCGGCGUUGACUCCUGCCACCGUAAUUCGAUUGUUCAUAGGGAUUUGAAGCCCUCUAAUUUGCUGAUUUCUUCUGAUGGGGUUCUCAAAAUUGCUGAUUUUGGGCAGGCUAGGAUACUUAUCGCACCUCAAUUUACGGGCAACAGUCAUACGUAUAAUCAGUUUGAUGAGCAGCUUUCUUCAGAUCCAGCACCCGAAGUUGAUCCAACGGUAGACAGUAGUCAAUUCAUCCAAGAGCACGCAGAACAACUGCACAGAGAAAAAUACAUUUUAGAGCCGGUUGAUAACAUGAGAACCAACGACUUCACAAACGAUAUCGAUGAAGAGAGUGUAACUCACGAUGGGGCAGCUUCUUGUGUUGCCACCUGUACCACUAGUGAUCUAGAGGAUCCUUUUCAACAGUCUUGUUACUCUUAUGAAUCUGAGGUGGUCGGGAUUGAUGGGAAUGGUUCUCUUACAUCGUGUGUUGGUACACGCUGGUUUAGAGCACCUGAGCUACUUUACGGGUCCACAAGUUAUGGUCUCGAGAUUGAUCUUUGGUCACUUGGUUGUAUUUUUGCAGAGCUUUUCAGCCUCGAACCCAUUUUUCCAGGGAAUUCAGAUAUUGACCAGUUGGGUCGAAUCUUUAGCAUUUUGGGGAACUUGACAGAGGAAGUUUGGCCUGGUUGCGUACAACUUCCUGAUUAUAAGAUAAUUUCAUUUGGUAAAGUAGAAAAGCCGAUUGGUUUGGAAGCGUGUCUUGGGAAUCGAUCUUCUGAUGAGGUACUUGUUGUAAAAAAGCUAUUGUGUUUCGAUCCUGUGAGUAGGGCUACUGCAGUGGAGUUGCUUAAUGGCAAGUAUUUGAAUGAAGAGCCUUUUCCAGUUCCUUUAUCUGAGUUGAGAAUCCCUUGUAAAGAUGACGAGGAUUCCUCUGUUGAGUGGAAUGAUUAUAAUAAGGAUUUUGGAUCCGAUUCUGAUUUUGAUGAAUUUGGUUCUUCGCACCUCACCACCACAGAAAAUGGAUUUUCGAUCCGGUUCUCAUGAUUUGGUGGAGUUGGGAAAACGAGAGCCAGUAUUUUGCAAUAUGCAAGAAUUGAGUGACAAAACAUACAUAUUUAUGUUUGUCACCAUGCCUGAGUAAUUAAUUACUUGAGAAAGGAGCAAAUGUGGUAAUGCCAUUGAAACUCAAUACUAUUAUUUAUUUGUUAUGUCUGUGUAUGGGCAUGGGUUUCUUAUCUGUGUUGUAUCAUGUACAAUUGAUCUGAACAAUUUUGUGUAAUUGUCUUCAUUUAGUUUCGUUUUGUAAGAGAGAGUUCAAAAGGCGCUAAUCAGAGACUGGCUGUUUCGGCGUUGAUGAAUUCAGUAAAUCCGAUUUCGUGUCAAUCAAAAUAAACAUUUUCUA